AUGAAUCACGAUCCAUUUGCUUGGGGCAGACCAGAUGAUGCUACCUAUGGCAGAUAUAAUGAAAAAAUUGCGUAUGCAUCCAAUCAGCCUACUACAAAUACUACCCAACCGAUUGUCACUGGUACAUCUGUUUUAGCAAUGAAAUAUAAAGGUGGUGUUGUUAUUGCAGCAGAUAAUUUGGCAUCAUACGGUUCCUUGUUAAGAUUCAAUGGUAUCGAAAGAUUAAUCAAGGUGGGUCAAAAUACUGUUGUUGGUGUAUCUGGAGAUGUGUCUGAUAUGCAACAUAUCGAGCGAUUACUAGAAGAAAUUGAAACAGAUAAUAAUUAUGACAAUACAUACUCUGAAAGCUUUGAACAGUUGCAGCCAAGUUAUGUGUUCAAGUAUCUAUCAGCUGUUAUGUAUUCCCGUAGAUCUAAGAUGAAUCCUCUUUGGAAUGCUAUAAUUGUUGCUGGUGUUGAAAAUGGAGCUCCGUUCAUGAGAUACGUUAACUUAUUGGGUGUCACAUAUACGUCACCAACUCUAGCCACAGGUUUUGGUGCUCAUUUAGCCAAUCCUUUAAUGAGACGUGUUGUUGACCGUGAAGAGGAUGUUGCUAAUACUACAAGAGAAGCUGCUGUAGAAACAAUUAAAAACUGUAUGAAAGUCUUAUACUAUAGAGAUGCUCGCUCUGCCAAGAGUUAUUCUCUUGCUGUAAUAGAUUGUGAAACUGGUGUUAGUUUAGAACAUGGCAUUGAGGUGGAUAAUAUGGUUUGGGGCUUUGCCAAGGAUAUUAAGGGCUAUGGUACUCAAAAGGUAUAA